AUGAUUUCGGAAGAUAUGUUUUAUAAUGUUACCAUAGCAGUUGGGUGCGUCGCGGUGGUUGCUGCCCUAUUCCAUAAACCUCUAGUGAUGAUGCAAAGCAACCUCUCUCAUGAAAAUGAGUCUCUUGUAACCACUUCACGAAUAAAGUUUCAACGAUUUGUUACCCCAUUUGGGUUUGCAGCAGGUGGGGCCAUCGAUGAGCAUUUAUCGCUGUACUAUAAUGUUAAUGGCUAUUCGUGUUACAGCUCUUUAAAAGCCUUGGUUGUUUCUUUCAUCGUGGCUUUGAUACUCUGUGAUGCCAUGUGUAUCUCUUCUAUUAUGACAGAGAAUUAA